ACACCUUUUGUAACCAGCUCUCGCAUAAAACACUAGAAACCCGUAGUUGCGUGCGUGCGUGCCAGAGUGCCAGCUGUAUACCGUCCCGUUUUUGCCCGUUUUCGAGGCCGGGUGUCACGGAGCGCGCUGGAGAAGUCCCCCAGGCACUUUCAAUUCUGCAUGACAUUUGUUCGCGACGUGGGAACGCCACGCCGACCUCCGUCCCGGAAUCAGCGAGCGGUUGAACAUCGGUCGACCGGAUCGCCGAGAUAGUCUGCCGCACCGGAGAGGUAAAGGGGUAAACGAGGAAAGCUGAACGUGUGCGGAACACUUCGCAGCGGCGAGCCAAGAUGCAGGAACCUCAGCCGAAGAAGGGGAAAAAAGGAAGGAGAAAGCGCAAUGACAGCGAUGAGGACAUUGAGCAAGUCUUGGCAGAGCUGGCAUUGGAGUACUCCGGAGAGAAAACAGUUAAGGACAACAAGGUUGAGAACAAACCUGAAUCAACGGAGCAAACGAUUGACGACGAUGAUAAAAAGAAGAAAGGGAAGAAGGAUAAGAAAAAGGAAAAAACCGAGAAGAAUGACGUCAAAGAGGAAACCGCGGAUAAUAACGGAACCAUAGCUCCAGAAUCAAACAAUGCCGACAUGGACGUUGAAGUUAGCACUGUGAAGACAGCGGCGCAAAAGAAGAAAGAGAAAAAGGAGAGGGAGAAGCAGAAGAAACUAGCUCAGAAGAAGGCGGAAGCUACUAAGGAUGUCACUAAGAAAGAGAAUGACGGUGAGGAAACCAUGGUAGCAGCCCCUGACGAGAAGAAAAAUGAUAAACCUGCUGCUGCUGAGAAGAAACAGGACAACGUGGAGGCUGACGGUGACGCUGUUGAACCUGAAGAAAGUUCGAAGAAGAAAAAGAAGAAAGGUGCCAAGGAAGAAGGAGCCAAGGAGAAAGCCAAGGGUCCCGGGAAGAAGACCAUCGCCGCUAUGCAGGAGGCUUUGAGGAAGUUGAAGGAAGAGGAGGAGAGGAUGAAGCGCGAGGAGGAGGAAAGGUUACGGCAGGAGGAACUGCGAGAGCAGGCGAGGUUGGAGCAGUUGCGGCUAGAACAGGAACGCAAGGAGAAGAAGAAGCUGAAGGAGAAGCAACGGAAGGAGAGAUUGAAGGCGGAGGGAAAGUUCCUGACCACGAAACAGAAGCAGGACAGAGCGAGGGCGCAGGCGAUGAUCGAGGCGCUUAAAGCUCAGGGUCUCGACUUGCCGGAUGUGGGAGACAAAAAGCCUCGGCCAGGAACGCGAAUCAGGCCAAAUAAACUGAAGCAGCAGAUCAGCGUGGAGAAGAAGGACGAAGUAAAGACUGAGGAGGGUGAAACGCCUGCGGCUCAGGUGCAAGUAGAAAUCGUGGACGAGCCGGCGAAGGAAGUGAAAGAGAAGAAGGAGGAGGACGACGUCAAGGAUUCGUGGGAUGCUGAUACCACGGAGGACGAACACGAGGAAGAAGAAGACAAAUCGGAUGACGCCCCGAAGACACCCGAGAAGGCGAAAGAACCUGUCGAACAAGUCAAAGUUGAAUUAGAGAAAAAGGAAUUCUCAGAGAGCGAAACGGAGAGUGAGAGCAGCAGCGAGUCCGAAUCCGAGGAGGAGAGCGACGAGGACAGCGAGGUGGAGGAUAAGAUACCGGAUGCCGCGCGGAAGAAGGAACGCGCGCGCGAACGAAUCCAGAAUCGUCGUAUCGAGGCCGAGAAGAAGAAAUCCCUGGAUAAUCUGAGGGCUGCUGUCGUUUGCGUAUUGGGCCACGUAGAUACCGGCAAAACUAAGAUUCUGGACAAGUUGAGGAGGACGAACGUGCAGGACGGGGAAGCCGGCGGUAUAACGCAACAGAUAGGUGCCACCAACGUGCCGAUCGAAGCCAUCCAGGAGUCGACGAAGCACGUGAAAGGCUUCGCUGACAAGAAAUUUAAAAUUCCUGGUCUCUUGAUCAUAGAUACGCCUGGUCACGAAUCGUUUAGUAACCUCAGGAGCAGGGGGUCUUCUCUUUGUGAUAUAGCAAUCUUAGUUGUAGAUAUUAUGCACGGAUUGGAACCGCAAACCAUAGAGAGUAUCAAUUUGUUGAAGGCGAAGAAGUGCCCCUUCGUCGUCGCCCUCAAUAAAAUCGACAGGUUAUACGAUUGGCAAACCAUGAACCGUAAGGACGUCCAAGAUAUAGUGAAGAAUCAGGCACCUAAUACUCAGCGGGAAUUCGAGAAGCGGACGAAGGACAUAAUUGUACAGUUUGCCGAGCAAAGUCUGAACGCGGCGAUAUUUUACGAGAAUCCGGAUCCUAGGAGUUACGUGUCACUAGUUCCUACUAGCGCCAUAACAGGCGAAGGUAUGGGCAACCUGUUGGCAUUGAUAGUUGACGCCUGCCAGGGUCCUCUGGCCAAGAGAUUGAUGUACAGCGAGGAGCUCCAGGCGACCGUGUUGGAAGUCAAAGCGUUGCCUGGACUCGGCACCACAAUAGACUGUAUUCUAGUCAACGGUAUAUUGAGGGAAGGCGAUACAGUCAUUAUCGCUGGUACGGACGGGCCUAUCGUAACGCAAAUUCGAUCGCUUCUCAUGCCGCAGCCAUUGAAGGAACUGAGAGUCAAGAACGCGUACAUUGAGCAUCGUGAAGUUAAGGCCGCUCAGGGAGUGAAAAUUGCCGCAAAGGAUUUGGAGAAAGCCAUUGCCGGAUUAAAUAUGCAAGUCGCACAAAAACCGGACGAGGUGGACGUCAUGAAGGAAGAGAUAGCGAAGGAAUUGUCGAGUGCCCUUGGAAAUAUACGUUUGGCCGAGCGAGGAGUCUACGUUCAGGCGUCGACCUUGGGUGCCCUCGAAGCGCUCCUGGACUUCUUGAAGAGUAGCAAGAUACCGUACUCCGGGAUUCGUAUUGGACCGGUCGUCAAGAAAGACGUCAUGAAAGCGUCCAUCAUGUUGGAGCACGAUAGCCAGUACGCGACGAUCCUCGCGUUCGACGUAAAAAUCGAGAGGGACGCGCAGGAGCUGGCGGACUCGCUGGGCGUGAAGAUCUUCCAGGCGGACAUCAUUUACCACCUGUUCGACAAAUUCACCGCCUACAGGGAGGAACUGAAGCAGCGCAAGCGGGACGAGAACAAGCACAUCGCCGUGUUCCCGUGCAAGCUGAAGAUCCUGCCGCAGUACGUAUUCAACUCGAGGGACCCGAUCGUGAUCGGCGUGAUGGUCGAGGCUGGAAUCGUCAAGGAAGGAACGCCGAUCUGCGUCCCGAGCAAAGACUUCGUUGACUUGGGCAUGGUAACCAGCAUAGAAUACAACCACAAAUCCGUGGAGUCUGCCAGAAAAGGUCAGGAAGUCUGCAUCAAAAUCGAGCCUGUACCGGGAGAAGCGCCCAAGAUGUUCGGUCGUCACUUCGAAGCGAAAGACUUUCUCGUCAGUAAGAUAAGCAGACAGAGCAUAGACGCCUGCAAGGAUUACUUCAGGGACGACCUAUUGAAGACCGACUGGCAACUCAUGGUAGAAUUAAAGAAACUCUUCCAGAUACUCUAGGAUAAGAUGCGCAUCGCGUCGACGACAUUAUCCAAAGGCCUCUUGCUGCUUUUCUGACGGUGGCUCGGCGGGAAGAGUUGGGCGAAUUGUCAGCGAGUUUUGCACGAUCGGGACGGGCGACUUCUCGUGCUGAAACUCUAUGACUACUCGAUCGUCAUCCCGAUCGGUAUCGUCGUGGUGACGUCGUCGCAACUGUCGUGCCGAGGACGCAGCAUCCCGAUCACGAAUCGACAUUUCCUGUACCGGAAGCACUGUAUCCGUCAGUGCUCGGGGAGCAUGCUACGGACCGAAAGAGAAGCAAGGACGAGAUCGAUCUCGGUCGCGACCUUGAAAUCGCGAGCUCUCGAGGACGACCGAUCGGGGGGAGAUCGGCCGAUCGUUUGAGUUUCCGCAGAUUACGCUCGGGAUGCUUACGUGUCACGUGGUACUUUCGGAUCUUGCCGACGACGUAGAGGAGGGCCGUGGUUUGUCGCACCGGAGAGGAGCUUCUUGGAAGUGCGCAAUCGCGAGAAGGAGAGAGUCGCUCCGGAUGGGACCGCGGGUGGCGAUGACGAUAUUGUAGAUACGCGGAAAAGAGAAGAACGAGAGGAAGGAGGGGAAGGGAAGAAGUAUACGCUGAGCUUGUGACAAAAGAAUCGCGCGGGAACCUCGUGUGUUUUGUAUAUGUAAUCCCUUUGUAUAAGAUAAGCGAAGUAUUGUGGUCGGAAAAUAAAGACUACGCGUUUUCGCAAAAAGGGGA